AUGGCACAUACACCUAAUCAGAAUCUACAGGGAAUUGCCUCUUGGAAUGUGGCUCCUCAUGAGAGCAGCUGGACUGCUGACAAAGCGGUAGAUGGUAAUACGAAUCAAACGUAUCUUCCUACAUGUGCCAUUGCUGCCUUCAAUAUAAAUGUUUAUAAAUCAGUUUGGUGGAAAGUGUGGUUAACCAGGAAAUUCAAUAUAGCAUAUUUAGAAAUCUAUCUACGAUCCGGAACGACAAGUCGGGCGACUGGAUUCUCAUUGUAUACCUACGAGGACGUAUCCUAUAAUCCUCCCUUUGGAGACACGGGGAGUCUUGUUUACCGUCACGAUCCUAUGUCAGGAUGUCCAGUGUCUAUUUAUAACAUAACUGUGAAUAAAUUAGCUCAGGGAAUAGCCUUCUUUAACGAACGACCAGAUGGAUUUACGUCAAGCUGUUUGUCUGUAGAUAUAUUGAAGACCACAAUUGAUAUAUGUGAAGUGAGGGUAAUGGGUUGUGAUCAAAAUAGAUAUCAUUUUGGAUGUACUGAUGCAUGCAGUGAUAAGUGUAAAAACAGACAUUGUGAUGCUUUUAACGGAUCGUGUAUCUAUGGCUGUUUUGAUCCCAAUGCUGUGUCCUUAGAUUGUAUUGUGUGUGACAACGGGACAUAUGCUUUAAAUGGGAGAUGUGUACAAUGUGGGCACUGUAAACAUGACACACCUUGUGACAAAGGAACUGGACGCUGUUUAUCUGGGUGUGAGGAAAACUGGACGGGAGAUCUUUGUAAAGAGUGUGUUGACGGAUUUUAUGACAAGGACUGUAGCAGAAAAUGCGGAAACUGUCUUGAAGGAGUUUGUGACAAGACCAACGGAACUUGUAUGAGUGGAUGCUCUGCAAACUGGCAGAAACCUUUAUGCCAAAAAUGUAUUGACGGGUUUUAUGACCAGAAUUGCAGCACUAAGUGUGGAGAAUGCCAAAGUGAAUUUUGUGACAAGGAAAACGGAAGCUGUUUAAAUGGUUGUAAAACAAACUGGAAAGAACCUUUAUGUCAAGAAUGUAUUGACGGAUUUUAUGACCAGAAUUGCAGUACUAUGUGUGGUGAAUGUCGUGAGGGAUUUUGUGACAAGAAAAACGGAAAUUGCUUGAAUGGUUGCAAAACAAACUGGAAAGAACCUUUAUGUCAAGAAUGUGCUAAUGGAUUAUAUGACGAAAGCUGCAAUUUGCAAUGUGGAAAUUGCAUCCAAGGAAUUUGUGAUAAGAAGAAAGGAACCUGCACUAAAGGCUGCUUACAGGACUGGCAGGGGCCUAUGUGCAAUGUUUAUACUACAAGGGAAUCAAGAACAGGUGAAGAGUUUUCUAAAACGUCCUUGGUCGUCAUCUCCGUCAUUUCAACGCUUCUUGGAGUAAUACUUCUCAGUGCACUGACUAUAGUUAUAUAUCUCAAAAGAACAAGAUGUCUGCAACAGAACGCAAGAGAACACAGCAAUACUGACCAUCUGUCUAGCAAGGAUACAGAGGAGAAGUAUGACGAGUUAACAGGCGGAAAAGAAGAUCACCAUUACACAUCCAUUAAUUCCACUAACAGAGAAUCAGUCUACCAAGAAAUACAUACUUAUGGAAAUUCUGAAUUUAAUGAGGUCAUAUAAAAACACUUUUCCUUAUCUGAUAUUAAUUAGACAAUUUUACACACUGGCCAAACCCGUUGGAGUUCUGAUAAAUGUUAAUAACUGUAUCUAUA